AAGAUGCAAGAUGGCGGUUAACCUGUUGACUGCCGCGGUUCUGCUCGCAGCAGCUCCGCUUAUCACAGGACAAGAUGCCCCUACCGCAGGACACGAUUGCUCUUACAUGCAAGCCAUACCGCGGCCGGAGCGGCCUAGCGACUGGCCUACCUUUAACUUCGACGGCAUGACCUGGGCGACGCGGCCACUGCUGCCAGCGCCGGACCGGCUCGACCUGUGCAUGGACCAUUACUACCCCCAGUCCGCCACCUCGGGCAUCCAGCUCAUCUUCAUGGACGAGGACGUGGCCGGGGACAUCCCCAUCGCCAAACUGAACUAUCAAGGCACUGCAACACCGGUGAUGCACUUCACGUCGGGCCGUAACGUUCAACUUGGGGCAGAGAUAAGGCAGGACGAAGCCGGCGAGUGGUACAUCUACGUCACGCAAAGCCAAGACUUCGAAGAAGGCAUGAUCUACUAUUUGUUCGAGAUCCACGUGGAGGGCGAGACUCUGGUGGCCAGCGUGGCGCUCACCAUCGUCAACAUCGACAACAAGCCGCCUCGGAUUGAGUCAUUCGACGCCUGCCAAGUCGAUGAACUAGGCGAUGCCCGUUUGACGGAGUGCGUCUACAACGUGCACGAUCCUGACGGCCAGAUCAGCACCAGCGUGAUGGCCUUCGAGAUCACCAGCGACCGCGGGGACGAGGACGUCUUCUACAUCGAGGGCCGCGUCAACACCAGCGACUGGUUCACCAUGACGAUGACGAUCGGCAUCCAGCAGCCGCUGGACUUCGAGGCCAAUGCGCUGCACAUAUUCACAGUCGAUGCCCUGGAUUCCGUGCCAAACAUAGGCCCCGCGUCGUCGGCAUCGAUAAUGGUCCAGGUGCAGAACGUGGAGCACCGGCCGCCGCGCUGGGUGGAGGUGUUCGCGGUGCAGCAGUUCGACGAGAAGACGGCCCAGCAGUUCACCGUGCGCGCCAUCGACGGCGACACCGCCAUCAACAAGCCCAUCCACUACCACAUCAUCACCGAGGAGGGAGACGAUUUCUUCUCUAUAACGACGCUGGAGGGCGGGCGCGACGGCGGCGUGCUGCGCGUGGCACCCAUCGACCGCGACGCGCUGCAGCGGGAGGUGUUCCGGCUCACGCUGGUCGCCUACAAGCAUGAUAACAGGACCUUCGCAACGGAAGCGAACGUGGUGAUCAUCAUCAACGACAUUAACGACCAGUUCCCGGAGCCGAUGCAGGAGGAAUAUCGCCUCAGCAUCCCGGAGGAGACGCCGCUGACACUUAACUUUGGAGACCAGCAGUUUGGCUUCCACGAUCGAGAUCUGGGUGAAAACGCCCAAUACGACGUGCGCCUGGUGAGCGUGCACCCGGAGAGCGUGGCGGCGGCGUUCUACGUGGCCCCCGAGGUGGGCUACCAGGAGCAGACCUUCAUCAUGGGCACCGUCGACCACGCCAUGCUGGACUAUGAGGUCCCGGAGUUUCAGCAUAUUGAGAUUCAAGUCGUGGCAACUGACAGAAUGAACUCGUCACUGCAAGGCAUCGCCACGGUCUACAUCGACCUGAUCAACUGGAACGACGAGGAGCCGAUCUUCGAGACAGAGUCCCACAGAGUGAACUUCGCGGAGACAGUCGGCGCGGGCUUCUACGUGGCCACCAUCAGGGCUAACGACCGAGAUAUUGGGGACAGAGUUGAACACUCUCUGAUGGGAAACGCUGCGGAGUUCCUGAGCAUCGACGAGGCGACGGGCGCCAUCUUCGUCUCUGUCGACGACGCCUUCGACUACCACCGGCAGAACGAGUACUACAUUCAGAUACGAGCUGUGGACACCCUCGGCGACGGCCCCUACCACACGGCCACCAACAUGCUGACAAUCCACAUUCUGGACAUCAACAACACGCCGCCGAGCCUUCGGUUGCCCCGCGGCAGUCCCCAUGUGGAGGAAAACGUCCCGGAAGGCUACGUGAUCACCACGGACAUCACGGCCACGGACCCCGACACCACGGCCUACCUGCGCUUCGAGAUCGACUGGGACACCUCCUACGCCACCAAGCAGGGUCGGGAGACGCCUGCCAUCGAGUUCCACAACUGCGUGGAGAUCAUCACCGUCCACAACGAAGACAACACGGGCUCGGCGAACGGCCACCUCCUCGUGAAGGAGAUCCGACACAACGUCACCAUCGACUUCGAGGAGUUCGAGGUGCUGUACCUCACCGUGCGAGUCGUGGACGAGAACACCUACAUCGGGGACGACUCCGAUGAGAUGACCUUCACCAUCAUAAUCGUGGACAUGAACGACAACUGGCCGAUCUGGUCCGAGGGCACGCUGGAGCAGAGCUUCCUGGUGCGCGAGAACGCCACCAGCGGCGGCGUCAUCGGCUCCGUGCUGGCCACCGACAUCGACGGCCCGCUCUACAACCAAGUGCGCUACUCCAUCCAACCAAUCCGUGACACCCCGGAAGACCUAGUGCACAUAGAUUUCCGCACGGGCCAGCUGACAGUAGGGCUGAACCACGCCAUCGACGCGGACCUGCCCCCGCGCGAGUACCUCUACUACACGGUGGUUGCCAGCGACAGGUGCCACGAGGACAACCCCGAGGACUGCCCCGCAGACCCCACGUUCUGGGAGACGCCGGGAGAAAUAUCGAUCUACAUCACGGACACAAACAACAAGGAGCCGCAGCCGGACUACACGCAGUUCCAGGUCGAGGUGCAGGUCUACGAGGACUCCGGCGAGGGCACCGAGGUGGUGCAGCUGGUGGCCACCGACCAGGACAGAGAAGCGAUUUACCACACGGUCCGCUACCAGAUCAACUACGUGAUCGACCCGGCGCUGCGGCGCUUCUUCGCCGUGGACCAGGACUCCGGCCGCGUGUACGUCGACUUCACCACCGACGCCGUCUUGGACAGGGACGGAGACGAACCCACUCAUAGGAUUUUCAUCAAUCUCAUCGAUAAUCUUUUCUCCGAAGGAGAGGGCUCCCGCAACACCGUGGCCAUCGAGGUGCUGGUCGUGCUGCUGGACGUGAACGACAACGCGCCGCAGCUCCCGACACCCGAGGAGAGGAGCUGGACGAUUUCAGAAGGGCUUACUGAGGGUGUUCGCUUGUCUCCCGACAUUCACGCGCACGACCGCGACCAGCCGUUCACGGACAACUCGCGCGUGUCGUACGAGGUGGCGGGGCUCCGCGCCGUGGACCGCGACAUCCAUGUACCGGACCUCUUCACCAUCGUCACCGUGCCCAACGAGGACCUGUGGGAGUUCCGCGGGGAGCUGGAGACGACCAUGGACUUGAGAGGGUACUGGGGCACGUAUGAGAUACGUAUUCGGGCGUACGACCACGGCGACCCGAUCCUCGACUCCUUCGAGUGGUACCAGAUCUCUAUCGCGCCCUACAACUUCCAUGCGCCUGAGUUCGUGUUCCCUCUCACCGGCACUACUGUGCGGCUUUCAAAGGAGCGGUCUGCCAACGGCCCUCUGGUGACGGUGGCAGAUACUUUCCUGGAGAGCUUGCAUGCGACUGACGAGGACGGGCUCCACGCCGGCGAGGUCGACUUCUCCGUGGUGGGCAACGCCGAAGCCGUGCAAUAUUUGGAGAUCGAUAAUCUCGGAGAUAACAGAGGCGAGCUGAGGUUGGCGCGCACCUUCGAUGAAGACGUCAGGGAGUUCCAAGUGACGAUCAGAGCGACGGACCGCGGCACGGACCCCGGCCCACGGUCUACGGACACCAUCCUGAACGUGGUCUUCGUACCCUCGCUAGCUGACCCUACCUUCGCAACAGAUACCGCCACUGUUGCGUUCAUGGAACAAGAAGUGAACGUAGAAACACAGCAGCUCCCACUGGCGGAGGACUUGAAGAACUACCGCUGCGAAGACGACUGCUACCCCAUCUACUACAGGAUCGUUGAUGGCAACAGCGACGGUCAUUUCGAGCUGGACGUGUCGACGAACGUGUUGAGGGUCGUACGAGCUCUAGACCGAGAAGUGGCCUCGUCGCACCAGCUGGUGGUGGCCGCCAGCAACUCGCCCACCGCCACGCCCACCCAGGGCUCCCUGAUCACCGUCACCGUCAAUGUUCGAGAAGCGAACCCACGGCCGAUCUUCGUGAGGACGCUCUACACCGCCGGCAUCUCGACCCUGGACACCAUCGGCAGGGAACUGCUGACAGUGCAGGCCACCCACUCUGAGGACGCUCCUCUGAUGUACGAGAUCGACUCGGCCAGCAUGCAAGUGGACGCCAGCCUGGAGACGGUGCGCGACCACGCCUUCCAGCUGCACCAGCAGACCGGCGCGCUGUCGCUGCAGAUCCAGCCCACCGCCAACAUGCACGGCAUGUUCGAGUUCGAUGUCGUGGCCACAGACCCUGCCGGAGAGACUGACAGGGCGGAGGUGAAGGUGUACCUGAUUUCGUCCCAGAAUCGCGUCUCCUUCAUAUUCGUUAACACGGUCGAGGAGAUCGAAGCGAAUAGAGACUUCAUCGCCGAGACGUUCUCGACGGCGUUCAACAUGACGUGCAACAUCGACCAGGUGACGCCGAAUACCGACGACAGCGGCGUCGCGCUCGCCGACCAAACCGACGUGCGGGCGCAUCUCAUUCGCGACGACAUACCCGUGCCCGCCGAGGAGAUCGAGUUCAUCCGCGCCGACACGCAGCUGCUGUUCACGAUCCAGAUGGCGCUGCGCACGCAGGAGCUGCAGCUGCUGGACUUCGUGACGGACCUGAGCCCUGACGAGAGCUCCGACGCCAGCCUCGUUACCAUCUACGUCCUCGCCGCGCUGUCGGCCGCGCUCGCCUUCCUCUGCCUGCUGCUACUGCUGACCUUCAUCAUCAGGACGAGGACCCUAAACCGUCGCCUGGAAGCGCUGUCGAUGACGAAGUACGGCUCCGUGGACUCGGGGCUGAACCGCGCCGGGCUGGCGGCGCCCGGCACCAACAAAUACGCCACGGAGGGCGCCAAUCCCAUCUGGAACGAAACCUUUAGGGCCCCGGACUUUGAUGCCAUCAGUGACGCGUCAGGUGACUCCGACCUGAUCGGCAUCGAGGACAUGCCGCAGUUCCGCAGCGACUUGUUCCCGCCCGGGGACACCAGCUCGGAGCAAGGCUUCAGCGAACCGGUGGGAGUACAUCGGGACCUGCCGAACCACAGCAACAACUUCGGCUUCCACGCCAGCCCCUUCAGCCAGGACUUCACCGACCGCCAGCUCCGGAGGAACUGAAGCGGAGGUGAUUCGGUCACUCGUUGGAACACUUAUAC